AUGAAGAUUGAUACACCAAUCCGGCAAAACAGAGUAAUAGGUUUUGAGAAGGAGGAAGCUACCAUAACUGGUCAUCUCAAAGAAAAAAUAGACAAGCUCGAUGUUAUCUCCAUUGUGGGCAUACCUGGCCAGGGGAAGACAACAUUGACAUGGAAGAUUUACCAGAGCGAUGAAAUCGGUUAUCAUUUCCCUAUUCGUAUUUGGGUUAACAUCUCCCAAGUGUUCAACAGCAGGGAUGUGUUCCUCCAAAUCCUGAAAAGAUUGUCCAGCCUCAACUUCAACGACUUGGCUCAAACAGUUCGCGCCUAUUUGGAGAAAGAGAAAUUCUUGUUAGUCUUAGACGACGUGUGGAGUGUAGUUGCAUGGAACAAAAUCAAGGAGGUGCUGCCCAGUAGACAAUGCGGAGGCUAA